AUGGUGUAUGGAGAGAAUAUCACACUUCCUGGAGAAUUCUUUGCAGCGAAUAUACAGCAUAUGUUACCAGGAACAUUUAUAAAUGAUUUACAAAAUGUUAUGAAAUUGAUGAAACUAAAAGAAACUCAACGAAAAAGUCAUCCAAAAAUAUUUGUGCACAAAGAUUUAGAAUCAACUUUUCACGUUUUCCUUCGCAUUGAUGGAGUACGAAAGCCACGGGAACCCCCUUAUGAAGGUCCAUAUUUUGUUAUCAACCGUACACCAAAAUAUUUUACUCUCAGGAUAAAGAAUAAAGAAGUGAAUGUAACUAUAGACAGAUUAAAGGCAGCAUAUCCACUACCACAAGAAAAUCCUGAAAAAGAGCAGCUUACAACUCCAACUUGUGUGAAGAUUAUGCCUUCACUACAUCCAGCUAGUUCAGAUUGUUUAAUUUUGCCGACUCAAAUGUUAGGGUGA